ACCCAGCCCCUCCCACCCAGUCAGUGCUAUCUGAAGAAGAUCAUGAAGUCUGAUAGCGACUUGACCGUGAUCCCGGGGCCGUGAUCUUUAGCUCAGGCACCAAAAGAUCAAUAUAAAUAUACAAGUUGAUGUCAAGAGGAAAUAUUAUGAGAUUCAACUACCCAAACAAUCAUAUAAUGUAAGGAUAAAAAGAUUAGUGAAAGUAAUGUUGUCGGUUGCCAGGUGAACUAUUGUCAAAAGUUGAGACUUUUGUAAGAAUAAACAAACCGAACGACGCAUAAUAGCACCUGCAUAUUACACCGCGUAAGAAGUUAUCUCGCAGACUCUGUUAAAUAUCAUUUUCAGAGAAUUAUGUGUGAUUUGAAAGAGAAUUGCCAUAAAAAUGUGAUAAAUAUUGAAAUAUAUUCUUAUAAUUAAUACAUUCUCAUUUUCAAAAUCAAUACGAGAGCAAAUAAAACAGGAAAAUAGUGCGUAGGAAUAUAAUAACAGUAAAGUAGUUCGGAUUACAUGUGUAUUCGUGAAAAAGUUCGGGAACCUCGUAUCUCAAGUUAUUAACGUAUUUUUUACCAUUCUUGAUGCCAAAAUGUGACAUCAUUAGGGUCAUGAUAUACGGAUAAUACCAUGGAACAACAACAACAAUGAAUGUUGUCAUGCAGAAAUACCGUGUCCUUGGGAAAAAGGGCGAGGGCACAUUCUCAGAGGUGCUCAAAUGCCAGAGCAUCAAAGAUGGGACUUACUACGCAUGUAAGAAAAUGAAACAACAUUACGACAGCAUCGAGCAAGUGAAUAACUUGCGAGAGAUACAGGCCAUGAGGCGUCUAAGUCCACAUACAAAUAUCCUGGAGCUGAAUGAAGUUGUCUUUGACAAGAAAUCAGGAGUAUUGGCCCUGUUAUGUGAACUUAUGGAUAUGAAUAUAUAUGAGCUUAUACGAGGGAGGAGGCAUUAUCUCUCAGAGACCAAAGUGAAGAGUUAUAUGUAUCAACUCUGCAAAUCUAUAGACCAUAUGCAUAGGAAUGGAAUCUUCCAUAGGGACGUUAAACCAGAAAAUAUUUUAAUAAAAGAUGAAUUGCUCAAAUUAGCAGACUUUGGUUCAUGUCGGAGCGUGUACUCCAAGCAGCCAUAUACAGAAUAUAUCUCAACACGUUGGUAUAGGGCACCCGAGUGCCUUCUCACUGACGGAUAUUACACACAUAAGAUGGACAUGUGGAGUGUCGGCUGUGUCUUUUUUGAAAUUUUAAGUUUACACCCACUGUUCCCUGGUUCCAAUGAAGUGGACCAGAUUGCCAAGAUCCAUGACGUACUAGGAACCCCUGAUCCUAGUGUGCUCAAUAAACUUAGGAAUAAAACUCGAGGAAUGAAUUUCAACUUCCCAUCAAAGAAAGGAGUCGGCAUCGAGAAGUACCUCCCUCAUGCGUCCCAGAGUGCAAUAGAGUUAAUUUACGAUAUGUGUGCGUACGACCCUGAUGAACGGAUGUCAGCAAAACAGGCUCUUAAACAUUCAUACUUUAAAGAAUUAAGGGAUGCUGAUAAACGCCAAGCUCAGCUCGAAAAGCAGAAAAAAGAGAAGGAGAAAGAUAAAAAUGAUAAACUUGCCAAAGAGAAAGAAGAUGAUGAUGACAACAAAGAUGAGAAGAAAGAUGAGAGAGACGCUGAGCGAAGAGCAGCUGGGAUUGCCAAAGUUGUCAAAUCUAACGAGGCCAUGACGAAAAAUACAGACAAUCGUACAUUAGAGGGACGGGAGAGCAAGAUCGGAGAUGGAAAGUCAGAUAAACCAGGCUCAGCUUCUACAGAAGCAUCUAAAUCUAUCAGUAUUAUCAAUAAAGAAACAGAGAAACAGAAAAAAGAAAAGCGAAGGAAACGACGAAAACAGCUCCAAGGGGAAAACACAAUCAAAGACGGGAGUCUAUUACCCAAAGUGCCACAGGGCAAUGGGAGCUUUAAUAAUAGUUUCUCGAGCUCGAAUACAACAGGAUUUCCACGUAUUGCCAACGCAGGUGCAACUUCUACCACAGUGCUUCCUAGUAUUACCACAUCUUUCAAGCCAAAAGCUGCCACGAAGACUUCAAAUGCAGUUGCCACAAAGAAUAUGUACGGCCAUUAUUCACUGCCAUCGAUUGACCGCAGAGGCGCAGGAUACUGAUUCAACUGCCAUCUAUGCAGUGUUUUGUAUGAAAUACAGUAAUACUGGCCCAGAUGAUUGGCUUCAGAAACUGAGACAUAAAUGAUGUCAGCUCUUCAAAGACUUUAAUAAAGCUAUGCUGACAUCAUGCAGUAACAGGAUAUGACAUCCCAAGAUUGUCACAUGACAUCACCAAACUGUGUCUGACUUCACUAAACUAUGUCAGCCAAGGGACUUGCAUAAUGCAUUUAGUGUUUGAGCUUUUGCAUUAGGUAGGACAGAGAGAUCCUGCUUCAUAUAGUACAUAGUAGACCCAGCUAAAGGAGACCCUUGAAAUGAGCCGCUCACAUUUUGCAAUAACUUUUUGUUGAAAUUUUUUCGAAUUUUUUUGUUCAGAAAAUUCAGUCAAACAGUUGUACUUGCAUCUACAACUUAUUGCAUUUUGAGGGUCAGCCUGUACUUCAGAGCAGUCUCAUAUGACAAAGAGUACUCCAGGUGACAGAUGAAGUAGAUCAUUGGGAUAUACAUAUUUUUAAUGUAGAUAGGAUCUAGGACCCAAGUCUGAUGGAGAUACUGCCAUCCAAUCAGAGAACAGGGGUACAAUCUUUGGGGAUUAAAGGUCUCAUUUAAAUAGAGGACAUGAUGACACUGACCUGUUUUAUGUCUGAACUGGGACUGAGAGUGUGAGAAUCUCAAUUUGGGUGAGAUAAAAAACAAUAAAACAAUGGCAUUUAAUGUUUGUAAUGAUUAGAAGAGGACGAAGGGCUAAAAUAACUAAUUUUUAUGUUUGGCAUAUUCUUUGUAGAUAAGAAGGAUAGGAGCAGGAAAAAGAAAAAAAAGAAAAAGGGAAUUAAAUAUGUGAGAUAGAAACAUAUGUUCCACAUAUUAUUUAUAAUUAUUAAGUACUGUAGUUAGAAAUAGAUGAGAAAGGAUAUGUCAGACAUUAUAUUCAAUUAUUUUGGCCUAAUUAGAUAAUGUUAUGUAUCAAUGCCUAUUCUCAUGUAGAGCAUCAGAAAUGGUUAACUGCAAAAACAGUUCAUGUUUUUGUAGAAAUGUCAAUGAUAAGCCAUCCAGUCACGUGACACUUGCAAGGGAUCAUGGGAGAAUACUCCUCUGGAAUCCUCCUCCUUAUCCGUCCAAAAAAGGAUCUCAAAAAGUAUUAUUUUAUAUGUGUAAAUUUUAUAUAAAAAGUGUACAUAGUGAACAUAAAAUGUAAAAAGAGAAUAUAUUUAUGAUAUGAUUUGUAUAAUAUUUUAGUACAAAUAGUACAAACAGGACAUCGUUAAAUAGAUAUUUAAUUUGUAGUGGCCUCAGAGUCGAGGGCUUGACAAAGUAAAUAAAAUAAAAGGAGAUUUAUUUUUAGUUGUUUACAACUGAACAAAUCAGUCGCCAAAAACUUAUAAGAUGAAUAUGGGAAAUCUCAGUAUACAAUGAAAUUAGAAAAAUAGAAAAUGUUCUAAUCAAUGUUUGGAAUGUAUUUCGAUUCAUGUUCAUUGUAGUCAUCACUUGUAUAUUGUAGUCAUCACUUG